AUGUCGGCCGUCACGGGAGGGUUUCUCGGCCGCUCGAGCUCGAACACGGCCAAUAUGCGAGGCCUCGUUCAGUUCAUUGCUGAUCUGCGAAACGCGAGAGCACGGGACCUUGAGGAAAAGCGGAUAAACAAAGAAUUAGCCAAUAUCCGACAAAAAUUCAAAGACGGGAACCUCAGCGGCUACCACAAGAAGAAAUAUGUGUGCAAGCUCCUGUACAUCUAUAUCCUCGGUUGGAAUGUCGACUUCGGCCAUUUGGAGGCCGUCAACCUCAUUUCGGCGAACAAGUAUUCGGAGAAACAGAUCGGAUAUUUGGCCAUGACACUGUUCCUACAUGAGAAGCACGAGUUGCUUCACCUCGUGGUGAACAGUAUACGGAAAGAUCUCCUGGAAAAUAACGAACUCUUCAAUUGCCUGGCCUUGCAUGCCAUCGCGAACGUUGGCGGAAAGGAGAUGGGCGAGGCCCUCAGCGGCGAAGUCCACAGACUUCUAAUUGCCCCUACUUCCAAGACGUUCGUCAAAAAGAAAGCUGCCCUAACCCUCCUUCGCCUUUACCGCAAGCACCCAGAAAUUGUUCAACCGCAAUGGGCAGAGAGGAUAAUAUCUCUCAUGGACGACCCCGAUCUCGGCGUCGCCCUAUCUGUCACGUCGUUGGUCAUGACACUGGCUCAAGACAGCCUGGACCAAUACAAGGCGGCGUAUCCGAAGGCCGCGGCCAAGUUAAAGCGGAUAGUCGUCGACAACGAGUUCACACCCGAUUACCUCUACUACAAGGUUCCAUGCCCCUGGAUUCAGGUCAAGCUGCUUCGUCUUCUUCAGUAUUUCCCACCAUCCGAUGAUACGCACGUGCGCGGAAUGAUUCGCGAAUCUGUGCAGAAGAUUCUCACCGUGGCACUGGAGCCAACCAAAAAUGUUCAACAAAACAAUGCGCAGAAUGCUGUCUUGUUCGAGGCCAUUAACCUGGUUAUCCACCUUGAUACAGAGACAGCCCUCAUGAAACAAAUCUCAUCUAGAUUGGGCCGCUUCCUCAAUUCUAGGGAGACGAACGUUCGCUACCUAGGCCUGGAUGCGAUGACGCACCUAGCAGCACGAGGUGACAACCUGGACACCAUAAAACAACACCAGGAUGUCAUCGUUGGCUCAUUGAAGGAUCGAGAUAUCAGCGUCAGGAGAAAAGGACUGGACCUCCUGUACAGCAUGUGCGACUCGACGAACGCUCGAGUCAUUGUGGGCGAGCUUCUCCGAUUCCUGCAGAAUGCGGAUUUCGCUAUCCGAGAAGAGAUGGUCAUAAAAAUUGCCAUUCUCACGGAGAAAUAUGCGACGGAUGUCCAGUGGUACGUCGACAUAUCUUUGAGACUGAUCGCCAUGGCUGGUGACCAUGUCAGCGACGAAGUCUGGCAGCGCGUAAUUCAGAUCGUGACAAACAACGAGGAGCUGCAGGUCUAUGCUGCUCAGCAUUCCCUUCAGUACGUUAAACAGGACCAUUGUCACGAGACGCUGGUCAAGAUUGGGGCAUAUAUCUUGGGCGAAUUCGGUCACCUCAUUGCCGAUCAGCCUAGAUGCAGUCCGAUCGAGCAAUUUCUGGCAUUGCAAAGCAAGCUUCCGGCUUGCUCCUCUUCGACUCGCGCCAUGAUUCUCUCAUGCUUCGUCAAAUUCGUCAAUCUCUUCCCGGAAAUCAAGCCGCAGCUCCUGGGCGCCUUUGAUAUGUUCAGACAUACGUUGGACUCCGAGCUGCAACAGCGAGCUUGCGAAUACCUAGCUUUGGCAAACAUGCCGACGGAUGAUCUCCUGCGAACCGUGUGCGACGAGAUGCCGCCUUUCCCAUCACGGCAAUCUGCGCUGCUCUCAAGACUACAUAAGAAGCACGCGAACACUAGCGACAAGAGAACUUGGAUCGUUGGUGGCAAGGAUGCCAAUUUAGACCCUGCCGAGCUGGGCAUGACCAAGAGGCCGUCUUUGCAAAGGUCAUUCAGCAGUAACGCUGCCCUGAACAGGCACGCCAACACCACGCCCGCCAAAUCCAGUGCAACUAGCGACCUUGCCGGCUUGGACAUGUCGAACAUUGGCGCCUCGGAACCUAAGACCAAGGCUCCCAAUCUAGCCAGCGCGGCUCACUUAUCGCCCGGAUGGGAGCGUGGCUACAACAGUCUCCUGCUGAAGGCCGAGGGCCUUUUAUACGAGGAUGGCCAGCUCCAAAUUGGUAUCCGGUCAGAGUACAGAGGACAAAUGGCUUGUCUGAUCCUGUACUUCUCCAACAAAACCCCUGGCUCCAUGAGCUCCUUCACUACCAUGUUGGAUCUUGAUGAGAGCGAGAAGGGCAAACUGACAUGGGACGUCAAGAGCAUGCCUGAGACGUCACUCAACCAUAACGGCCAGUCUCAACAAGUCAUCAUGUUCGAAGCGAAGAAGGUGUUCGAGAAGAGCCCGACCAUUCGUAUCAGCUACUUGGCAGGCGCCUUGCAGGCACUGACCCUCAUGCUUCCUGUGACUAUUCACAAAUUCAUGGAUCCAACAGAUCUCUCGGCCGAAGACUGUUUCAAGCGGUGGAAGCAGAUCGGAGGCGGACCAAGGGAGGCCCAGAGGAUUAUUAGUCUGAGUGCUGCGGCCAAGAGCGCUGGACGAGAGAUGACCGAGGAGUUUGUCCGGAAUUUGGUGGAGGGUUUCCGCUGGCGCAAUCUCCAAAACGUAGAUCCGAAUGCGAAGAACUUCGUGGGUGCUAGUGUUCUUCACACGUCGGAGGGUGGCAAGUUCGGCUGCUUGAUGCGUCUUGAGCCAAACUAUGCGACUCAGAUGGUUCGCCUCACGAUCCGAGCGACGGACGAGAGUGUCCCAGGACCCCUCAUAAAAACUAUGGAAGACCGCAUCGCUGCCGGCAUGUCGCUACAAAGGCACUCUCCAACGCGGGAUGCGAUCUCCGACACUUUCGGUAAUGUCAUGGUCGCAUGA